GCAGUUCAGGAGGUGCUCGGACGGGGUCCUCUCUCGCAGCCGGCUCUGAGCGGGAGGCCCGAGCUGGGAGCGUUGGCUGCCCCACGAGUUCCGGGCGGUGAGGUGCUGCGGUAUGGAGGAGCUAGAUAGCGAGCCGACAGUCACUUUGAUUCCGGGAGUGAAUUCCCAGAAGAAGCAAAUGUGUUUUGACUGGGGUCCAGGGGAGAUGCUGGUGUGUGAAACCUCUUUCAACAAAAAAGAAAAAUCAGACAUGGCGCCAGGUUGCCCCUUUAUCCAUAUAAUCCGAAAGAAUGAGGAUGUUUACUCUCAAAUCCUGAGAAAACUCUUCAAUGAAUCCCAUGGGAUCUUUGUGGGCCUCCAGAGAAUUGAAGAAGAGUUGACUGGAAAAUCCAGAAAAACUCAGUUGGUUCGAGUGAGUAAAAACUACCGAUCAGUCAUAAGAGCAUGCCUGGAGGAAAUGCACCAGCUUGCAAUUGCUGGUAAAGAUCCAGCCAUUGGCCGCCAGUUUAGCAUCCAGGUAAGGGAGUUUUGUUGUACUGGUACCUCCUUUAUGUCCAGCUGCAUCCUCAGCACCCACCGGCAGUGGCAUUGCAAUCACUGGUGUUGCAGAAGUCUCUCUUUCCAGGUCUCCAGUCUGUCAGCAAUGGAGCUCAUUUGGAACCUUUGUGAGAUUCUUUUUAUUGAAGUAGCCCCAGCUGGCCCUCUUCUCCUUCACCUCCUUGACUGGGUCCAACUGCACGUGUGUGAGGUGGACAGUUUGUCGGCAGAUGUUCUGGGCAGUGAGAAUCCAAGCAAACACGAGAGAUUCUGGAACUUGGUGACCGUCUUGGUGCUGCAGGGCCGGCUGGAUGAGGCCCGACAGAUGCUCUCCAAGGAGGCCGACUGCAGCCCCACCUCUGCAGGCAUGUGCCGAAUCCUUGGGGACCUGAUGAGGACCAUGCCUGUUCUCAGCCCUGGUAACACUCAGACACUAACGGAGCUGGAGCUGAAGUGGCAGCACUGGCACGAGGAAUGUGAGCGGCACCUCCAGGACGGCACGUUCGCCUCCAGUCCUCACCUCGAGUCUCUCUGCAAGGUCAUGCUGGGAGAUGAAGCUGCCCUGCUGGAGCAGAAGGGGCUUCUGAGUACCUGGUAUCACUUCCUCGUGACCCGGCUCCUGUACUCUCACCCCACGGUAAAACCCACGGAUCUGCACUUCUAUGCCCAGUCCAGCCUUGACCUGUUUCUGGGAGGUGAGAGCAGCCCAGAACCCCUGGACAACAUUUUGAUGGCAGCCUUCGAGUUUGACAUCCACCAAGUGAUCAAGGAGUGCAGCAUCGCCCUGAGCAACUGGUGGUUUGUGGCCCAUCUGACAGACCUGCUGGAUCACUGCAAACUCCUCCAGUCGCACAACCUCUACUUUGGAUCCAACAUGAGAGAGUUCCUCUUGCUGGAAUAUGCCUCAGGACUCUUUGCUCAUCACAGCCUGUGGCAGCUGGGGGUGGAUUACUUUGACUACUGCCCUGAGCUGGGCCGAGUUUCCUUGGAGCUGCAUAUUGAGCGGAUCCCUCUGAGCACAGAGCAGAAAGCCCUCAAGGUGCUGCGGGUUUGCGAGCAGCGGCAGAUGACUGAGCAAGUUCGCAGCAUUUGUAAGAUCUUGGCCAUGAAAGCUGUCCGCAACAAUCGCCUGGGUUCUGCCCUCUCUUGGAGCAUUCGAGCCAAAGAUGCCGCCUUUGCCACGCUGGUCUCAGACAGGUUCCUCAGGGAUUACUGUGAGCGAGGCUGCUUUUCUGAUUUGGAUCUCAUUGACAACCUGGGGCCAGCCAUGAUGCUCAGCGAUCGACUGACGUUCCUGGGAAAGUACCGCGAGUUCCACCGGUUAUAUGGGGAGAAGCGUUUUGUUGAUGCUGCUUCUCUUCUCCUGUCAUUGAUGACGUCCCAGAUUGCCCCCCGGUCUUUCUGGAUGACACUACUAACAGAUGCCUUGCCCCUUUUGGAACAGAAACAGGUGAUUUUUUCAGCAGAGCAAACAUACGAGCUGAUGAGAUGUCUGGAGGACUUGACCUCAGAAAGACCAGUGCGUGGAGAGCCUGAUGCCCAGCAACUCCAGGAUGAUGAUGUAGAGACCACCAAGGUGGAAAUGCUGAGACUUGCUCUUGCACGAAAUCUUGCUCGGUCAAUUAUAAAAGAAGGCUCAUUGGAAGGUUCCUGAGGCCGGCUCCAACAUGUUAUCUUUGUAAGGCAAUGUAUAUACAUUUUUAAAAUAAUAAAUG